AUGCAUAAGGUAGUUCAUUUGGAUUUAAAAGGUGCACCUUUAAAAGUCGAUUAUUUAGCAAAAGUGUUUCAUUGUAUUAAGUCAUGGGGAGCUACAGGAGUGCUUUUGGAAUGGGAAGAUACAUUUCCUUACAAAUUGAAUUUAAUAGAAAUUGGAAGUCAAAAUGGUGACAGUGGCAGUGGAGGUGAUGGUCUUUAUAAAGCUGAAGAUGUCCAAGCAAUAUUCAGACUUGCUAAAGAUAACUGCCUUGAAGCAAUACAGCUGAUUCAAACUAUUGGCCAUAUGGAUUUUGUCUUAAAGCAUCCAACUCUUCAUGGGUUGCGAGAGGUGAAAAAUUCACCUGCAGUCCUCUGUCCAUCAAAACCAGAAGCUUUUAAACUUGUAACCUCAAUGUUGGAACAAGCUUUGGAAGUGCAGCCCGAAGCUACUUUUAUACAUAUUGGGGCUGAUGAGGUUUGGCACAAUGCUAUAUGUGAAGAAUGUCAAAGAAGAUCAACUACUAGUGAACAUAAGACUGCAUCAUUGUACCUUGAACACAUUCAAAAUGUAAUCUUAUUCCUAAAACACAAAAGACCAAAUUUGACUAUCCUCAUGUGGGAAGACAUGUUGCGGUCAAUGAAUGUCGAAACUAUAAGGUCUUACAGGCUUGGUGAUUUAGUUCAACCAGUUGUAUGGCACUAUAAUCCAAAGGAAUGUUUCCUGUUGGAUCCGACCAUGUGGGAUUCUUAUGGACAAAUAUUUCCAAACGUCUGGACCGGAUCUGCCUUCAAGGGCGCUAAUGGAGCAUGUCAGGUUUUGUCACCAGUUGCAAGAUAUAUUAGUAAUCAUGAGGGCUGGUUGCACGAAAUUGAUAAGUAUUCUAGUAAAAUCAAUUUUGUUGGGAUCAUCCUUACUGGAUGGUCAAGGUAUGACCAUUACGCGACGCUGUGCGAGCUUCUGCCAGUUUCAUUGCCCUCCUUGAAGAGCUGUCUGCAAGUUUUGAUGAAGCCCACAAAGUCUUCGGAGGGCGCUGUCAGCGAAGUCAUACCAGAUGAGGAGUGGCCAGGCGUUGAGCUGGCGAGAUGCGUGCACUCCUUUGUGAUCCUGAGAGAGCGCUGCCUCGCUUUCAUACACGGCGACAUAAUUGCAACGUGGCUCAAUCCGUGGCAGCUAAGGAAUGAGUAUACGAAUCCAUUGCAACUUGAAAAUAUUGUAUCCACAUCGAAACAUUUGUUGACGGAGCUAACGGCCCUACAGCAGCAGACGUCGGUGCAUCUUCACGCCAUUACAGGUUGGAGGAGUGCCGAGGAAUGGCUGGGAACCUUCCUGGCCCCUUUGGUUCGGCGGAUAGCGAGCAUACACGAGUCGGCCGAGUCGCGGUUCAAAUCCGACGCAAGCGUUCAACCGAAGUGCGUCGCAGAUUGUAAAAUGGAG